AUGGCAGCAUCUCAAGAUGAGCCAUUUACAGCGUCUGUCCUUGCUUCUUUUGGUCCCACUGCUCCGUCACGAGCGAAGGAGAUCUUGACCUCGUUGAUCCGUCAUCUCCAUGCAGUUUGUCGGGAAGUCAACCUUACAACCGAAGAGCUUUAUAUCGGAUUGGACGCUCUCAGUCGUGCAGGACGCAUGAGUGAUGCGAAACGAAACGAGACUUUGCUGGUGUCUGAUUGUCUUGGGGUCGAAGCACUGGUGGACGACAUCACCCAUAAGAUCCUAGCAGAGAAUGAGUCCACCAGUUCCUGCAUAUUGGGGCCUUUCUAUCGAGCAGAUGCGCCCAUCUACGAUAAUGGCGACAGUAUCAUCCAGAAAUACCUUGGUGGCGAAGUGACUUGGUGUCACGGCCUUGUUCUCGACGCUGACAGCGGAAAGCCCAUUGUCGGCGCGAAAUUGAACGUAUGGGAAUGCGCGGCCAAUGGGCUCUACGACCAGCAGGAUCCGAACCAACCUGACGGAAACAUGCGUGGCAUUUUCACAUCCGACAAUCAAGGUCGAUACGAUUUUUACUGCAUCAAACCAGUCCCUUACCCGGUUCCGUACGACGGGCCAGCAGGAGAUAUCUUGAAACUCAUGGAUCGCUCUCCGUUCCGGGCAGCACACAUACAUUUCAUGGUGGAGAGCGAGACCCAUCGACGGCUCGUGACACAGGUGUUUCCCAGCGACGAUGCAUACCUCGAUCGUGAUUCUGUAUACGCUGUCAAGGAUGAUUUGAUCAUUCGUUUUGAGCCCGCGAGCUCAGAAGCGCGAAAUGGACGAGCCGUGUGCGGUCUCGAAUCGGGCGUCAAAUGGGAGGUGAAGUACGACUUCCGGAUCAAGAGACGACAGGGUUGA